AUUCAACUCAUCAAUCCUAUGAUGAUCUGGUAAUCAGAUUUUGUCAUGCAAAAAAUGGGGAGAUUCAUCAUCAACAUAUUAUUUGUUCAUGUACUUGUUCUUUUCUCAUGCAAAAACAGGCAUGAUUUCAAUGGGGUGUUAGCCUCUCCAAGCAUUGCCACAGACAGGGAGGCCCUUUUCUCAUUCAAGGCUCACAUAACACAAAACCUGGUGUUGUCUACAUGGGACACCAACCUCUCUCCAUGCAACUGGACAGGUAUUCUCUGUAAUCGCCAGAAGCCGGCCCGAGUCGUCGGGCUUCAGCUAUCCGGCCUUGGACUUACCGGGCCUAUCACCCCUUUCCUCGGAAACCUGUCUUUUCUAAGAACACUUGAGCUUCAGAACAACCGGCUGACCGGGAACAUCCCCGAUGAGAUUGGCCAUCUGUUUCGUCUUAAGCUUCUAAACCUCAGCUCUAACAGCCUUGGAGGCAUCAUACCGCCCAACAUCAGCCAGUGCAAGGAGCUGAUGGUCCUUGACUUGAAGCAGAAUCAGAUAUCAGGGUCAAUCCCUGAAGGGAUUGGUCAACUCCAACAUCUGCAAGUCAUCAAUAUAGGAGGAAACCAUUUCUCUGGCGCCAUUCCACCUUCGAUAUCAAAUGCUUCUUCCCUUGUUGUCCUGAACCUACACACAAACAACCUUGUUGGUGAGAUACCUGAUGACUUGUCCAAGCUCCGGCUUUUGAAAGUCCUUGAUCUUGCAGUCAAUCAUCUCAGCGGUGCUGUCCCACCCUCAAUCUACAACAUGUCUACACUACAAACCUUAGCCUUGGCCUCAAACAACUUGUGGGGUGAUCUGCCAGAUGAUGUUGGUGUGACCCUCCCAAAUCUUAUCGUCUUCAAUUUCUGCCUCAACAAAUUCACAGGGACAAUCCCGGGCUCCUUACACAACCUAACAAACAUAAAGAUAAUUAGAAUGGCAAGCAACUAUCUACAUGGCACUAUACCACCAGGCCUGGGGAAUUUACCUUUCCUUGAGAUGUACAACAUUGGGCAUAACAUGAUUGUCAGCUCUGGCGACAACGGUCUAAGUUUUCUUGAACUCUUGAGUAACAGUUUGCAGUUAAAGUUCUUAGCUUUUGACUACAAUUUGCUUGAGGGUGUCAUUCCAGAGUCCAUAGGCAAUCUUUCAAAGGUCCUCAAAAACUUUUACAUGGGUGGAAAUAGAAUUCAUGGUAGGAUACCACCUUCAAUUGGUCAACUAAGUGGCUUAACUUUGUUUGACUUACAUCGAAACAGCAUUUCGGGUGAGAUACCAGCUGAAAUAGGCGAACUGAAGGAUCUUGAGGCAUUGUUGUUGUCUGGAAACCGUUUUUCUGGUGGAAUUCCAAGUUCCUUGGGCAAUCUCAGAAAAUUAAUUAGCAUUGAUCUGUCUCAAAAUGAAUUAGCAGGUAGUAUACCUACUAGCUUUGAAAACUUCAGAAGCAUUCUUUCCCUGGACUUGUCCAAGAAUAUGCUGAAUGGAAGCUUGCCAAAACAGGUACUCAGACUUCCUAGCCUAAGUGCUUUUCUUAAUCUCUCCCAAAACCAUCUCACUGGAUCUUUGCCUGAAGAAAUUGGAAACCUGGAAAAUGUUGUGUCAAUUGACAUAUCUCACAACCUUCUAUCAGGUAACAUCCCUAGAUCCAUUGGAAAGUGUAAGAGCUUGCAGAACCUGUUACUUGCCAACAAUGUACUCUCGGGACAGAUUCCAGACACCAUAACUGAUCUGAAGGGUUUGGAAGUUCUUGACGUAUCCUCAAACCAUCUCUCUGGAAAAAUCCCAAUUGAUAUGCAGGAGUUGCAGGCCCUGCAACUGUUGAAUCUCUCUCACAAUGACUUAGAAGGCCAAGUCCCAUGCAAAGGCAUCUUUGCAGAUCCCUCUAAACUUCAUCUGGAAGGCAAUCAAAAUCUCGCUUCACGCCUUCUCACGUACUGCGCCAGUGGUACCCAUGGUCAUAGAAAAAGAUCCAUCUUCUUUGUCAUCACAAUACCUUUGGUUUCAAUAGCAGUAUUUCUCCUCACAACAGGUGUGAUAUUUUACAUCAAAAGAAGCAGAAAAAAAGCCAAUGCCCCAUUUGGACCAUUUAGGCCAAAGCAGCAUCAGAUGAUUACUUAUGAUGAACUCCGUCUCGCAACUGAUAAUUUCACAGAAGGAAAACUCAUCGGAAAAGGCGGUUUUGGAUCUGUUUACAAGGCCUUUAUCGGUGGAAGACCCCUGGCAGUCAAGGUGUUGAAUACGCAAACCACAGGAUACUGGAAAAGCUUUUCGGCUGAAUGCGCAGCUCUGAAGAACGUGAGGCAUCGGAAUCUUGUCAAACUCAUCACAGUAUGCUCAAGUAUAGAUGUCAAAAAUAUGGAUUUUUUUGCUCUGAUUUUUGAGUUCAUGGAAAACGGGAGUUUGGAGGAUUUGAUUACUAAAAAGAGGACAUCAGUAGGAGAGGGGCUGAAGCUUUUGGAUAGACUAAAGGUGGCAAUUGACGUUGCAUGUGCCUUGAAUUAUCUGCACCAUGAAUGUGAAACUCCUAUCGUUCACUGUGAUCUGAAGCCCGGAAAUGUUCUGUUGGAUAUGAACAUGACUGCCAAGGUUGGAGAUUUCGGUCUAGCUAGAUCAUUGAAUGGAACAACUGAUGAACAACAACCUUCUAUUAGCUCCAACCACGUUCUUAAGGGUUCAAUCGGUUACAUACCUCCAGAGUAUGGAUUAGGGGAGAAACCGACCACUGCCGGAGACGUGUAUAGCUACGGAAUUCUGUUGCUUGAUCUUUUCACUGGAAAGAGUCCAACAGAUGAGAGUUUCAAAGAAGAGUUAAGCCUUAGACAGUGGGUGAACAUGGAUUUCCCAGUUAAAAUAGAGAAACUGGUAGACACUGAUCUCCUUCCACACGGGAACAUCCUUAACCAGACAGGCCACAGCUCAGAGGUUGAAAUAGAUUGUCUGAUCACCAUUGUUGGGAUUGGUCUGUCUUGCACUCUUGAUUCUCCGGGUGAGCGCAUCACCAUAGGCGAUGCUCUUCUUCAGCUGAAAUCUGUCAGAGACAAACGCCUGAAAAACUCUGCUUAGAUAUUCAUUAUUUAUUACUAGUGGAUUUAUAAUCAGUGAUAACGACUCUCUUGACAGAAUUUGGGUGGGAACAUAAUAAGACCUUUGGCUAUUAUGUAAAGUCUCUUGAAAAUAAAAUAAAAAUAUUACUCUCAACUCUAUCAAUUAGA